AUGCCUCAGUCUCAUGAAAAAGCUCUGAUACUAGUCCAAAAAAUGGUGAAAGUGCCUCCACCAAAAGCACUUUUGUUGUUCAAUUCCUCGACCUAUCAGGGCUUUCACCACACUCCUCACUCUAUCUCUUUCAUCUUAAACUAUCUCCUAUCCCAUGACAUGCUACCCCAAGCUCGAUCUCUUAUCCUGCGCCUUAUCUCUGGCCGAAUCCCCUCGUCUAUGUUCUCACCUUCCUCCUUAAUGCUUCAACUAACACAAGCCCGUUUCACCUCUUGUUCAACCUAUGCUCCUCUCUAUGAAGCAAUUGUCAAUUCGUAUGUUCAUUCUCUCUCACCUGACCAAGCCCUCACUUUCCUACACCAGAUGAUUCACAAGGGUCAUCUUCCUACAUCAAACACCUUAAAUAAUCUUUUGCGCUCACUCAUUAGGUCAAACUGUUUCGAUAAAGCUUGGUGUGUCUUUAACCAAUUGAAGAGUAAAGUUGUCAUGGAUGUCUACAGUUUUGGGAUUAUGAUUAAGGGUUGUUGUGAAGUUGGUGACUUGAUGAAAGGGUUUCGGCUCUUGGGCAUGUUGGAGGAGUUUGGUUUGUCUCCGAAUGUUGUUAUAUAUACUACGCUGAUCGAUGGGUGCUGCAAGAAUGGAGAUGUUAUGCUGUCAAAGAAGUUGUUUUGCAAGAUGGAUAGGUUGGGUUUAGUUGCCAAUCAGCAUACUUAUAGUGUCCUAAUGAACGGGUUUUUCAAUCAAGGACUUCAAAGGGAAGGGUUUCAAAUGUAUGAGAAUAUGAAGCGAAGUGGAAUUGUGCCAAAUGUUUAUGCCUAUAAUUGUGUGAUUAGUGAAUAUUGUAAUGGUGGGAUGCUGGAUAAAGCUUUUAAGGUGUUCGGUGAAAUGCGUGAGAGAGGUAUUUCUUGUGGGGUCAUGACAUAUAACAUUUUAAUAGGUGGGCUGUGUCGAGGGAAGAAGCUUGGGGAAGCAAUAAAGUUAGUUCAUCGAUUCAGCAAAGUUGGUCUUAGUGCUAACAUAGUUACAUACAACAUACUGAUUAAUGGGUUUUGUGAUGUUGGAAAAAUGGACACUGCUGUUAGAUUAUUCAAUCAAUUGAAGUCAAAUGGACUAUCACCCACUUUAGUGACCUACAAUACUUUGAUUGCAGGGUAUUGCAAAGUUGAGAAUUUAGCAGGAGCUCUUAGCUUGGUUAAGGAAAUGGAAGAGAGAUGCGUUGCUCCUUCUAGAGUGACAUAUACGAUUCUGAUUGAUGCUUUUGCAAGACUAAAUUAUAUGGAAAAAGCACGCGAGAUGCAUGCUUUGAUGGAGAAGUCUGGUUUGGUUCCAGACGUUUACACAUACAGUGUCCUAAUACAUGGGUUAUGUAAGAAUGGUGACAUGAAAGAAGCUUCAAAAUUAUUCAAAACAUUGGGUGAGCUGCAUUUUGAACCAAACAGUGUUAUAUAUAAUACGAUGAUUCAUGGUUACUGCAAAGAAGGAAGCUCCUAUAGGGCUCUUAGGCUACUGAAUGAAAUGGCUCACAAUGGAAUGGUUCCUAAUGUGGCCAGUUUUUGUUCAACCAUAGGGCUUCUUUGCAAAGAUGGAAAAUGGAAGGAAGCAGAGCUUCUCUUAGAACAGAUGAUGAAUUCAGGACUAAAGCCAACAGUUUCUUUGUACAAUAUGGUUUACAAAGAAAAGAUCGACGUUUAG